AUGGCGCUGUCCCUGUCCCCGUCCCCAGCUCAGCCACCCCCCGUGCCCUCGGCAGGGACCCUGUGUGGCAGCCUCAGCGGGAAGAGGAAGAAGAGGAUGAUGUACCUGACGACGAAGAACGCGGAGUUUGACCGUCACGAGCUGCUGAUCUACGAGGAGGUGGCGCGUGUGCCCCCCUUCCGCCGGAAAACCCUGGUGCUGAUCGGGGCCCAGGGCGUGGGGCGCCGCAGCCUCAAGAACAAGCUCAUCAUGUCCGACCAGGCGCGCUACGGCACCACUGUCCCCUACACGUCGCGGAAGCCGAAGGAGAGCGAGAGGGACGGGCAGGGGUAUCGCUUCGUGUCGCGGGGGGAGAUGGAAGCCGACAUCAAGGCCGGGCGGUACCUGGAGCACGGGGAGUACGAGGGGAACCUCUACGGCACCAAGAUCGACUCCAUCCGCGCCGUGGUGGAGUCAGGCAGGAUGUGCAUCCUGGAUGUCAACCCCCAGGCAGUGAAGGUGCUGAGA